AUGGCGAAGCAACCAGUCGAGCCAGAGGCUGCAGAAGCCCAAUCCCAGCAGCCCGAAGCAGAAGAACCUGUUCAAUCUAUUGAGGAUGACGGCAAUGCGGACCAGAAAGACGACGCGCCAAGCGCCGGCGAGCCAUCCCAGCCUCAGGAUGCGACCAGCGAGGUUACUGAAGACCAAUGGAGGGCGAUGAUGGAUGUGGUUAUGGCAAUCUACGAGUACCGCGAAGAAGAUGGCCAUGACCCUUCGAGACUUUUCCAACGCAGUGUCAACAAGCGUAAUGUUCCCGACUACUACGAGAUAAUCAAAGAGCCCAUGGCUCUCAGCAUCUUGAAGCAGAAAAUCAAUAAGCGCGAGUAUAAGAACUUCGCGGAAUUUGUACGAGAUUGUGCACUGAUUCCGCAUAAUGCGCAGACGUACAAUCGCCCUGAAUCCCAGGCGUACAGAGAUGCGCUCGUCAUCAAGUCAUCGCUUCCGCAGGAUGUGUUCAUCUCUGAGUUUAAGAAACUCGUCGACGAAGGUAUCAUCACACCGGAGGUUGCAGAGUUGCCAGACCUAGGUGAAAUUCCGGAAGCGGAUCCGCUCCCUCUCGAGGACGAGGAAGAAGAGGACGACGAGGAGGAUGAAGAUGACGAAGAUGCCGACGACUCCGACGAUGGUGGCCGUCGCAGGCGAAGGCGCGGUGCUCGAUCGUCCGCGGCCAAGAAAGAUGAAUCUCAGAAUGAUCCAGAGCUUCGGAAAAAGAGAGGGAGGCCGCCGCGAGUCGACACGCCAAUGGAAGCGAGAAUCAAAGCUAUUCUGAAGGGGAUUCGUAAACCAAAGGACCCCAGCGGUCAACUCAAGAUUCGCCAUUUCGAGAGAUUGCCUGAUAAGGCUAUCUAUCCGGACUACUACAUGGAGAUCAAAGAGCCGAUGGCGAUCGACCUUAUCAAGAGGAAAUCAAAGCGAAAGAAGUAUAAUUCGGUGGAUCACUUCAUGCGGGAUCUGGAUCUGAUGUUCAAUAAUGCGAAAGCAUACAACAAGCCUGACAGUCAACUGUACAAGGAUGCCGUGGACCUGCAAGCAGAGGCACACAGGUUAGCGGAACAGGAAAAGAAGAAACCGGACAGCGAAUAUCUGAUGGAAGAUGGACGCGUGCCUCUGCCAGAAGGCAUCUUAUACAAGGGUGAGAUCUGGAAGGUGGGUGACUGGGUUCAUAUCCAGAAUCCCAACGAUGUGACCAAGCCAAUUGUGGCACAAAUCUACCGCACAUGGCAAGAUUCCGAAGGCGACAAGUGGGUAAAUGCCUGUUGGUAUUAUCGUCCUGAACAGACAGUGCAUCAUUUUGAGAAGCGCUUCUAUCCCAACGAGGUGGUCAAGACAGGCCAGUAUCGCGAUCACCGGAUUGAGGAGGUGGUUGACCGUUGCUUUGUCAUGUUCUUCACGCGCUACAGCCGUGGGCGGCCAAAAGGGUUCCCUCCAGACAAAGAAGUGUAUGUUUGCGAAGCUCGGUACAACGAAGAAAAGCACAAAUUGAACAAGAUCAAGACCUGGGCAAGCUGUCUCCCAGAUGAAGUCCGUGAAAAGGACUACGAAAUGGAUCUGUUCGAUGUACCCCGGAAGAUCAAGAAGGUGCCUAGUCCUAUCAAGCACCUACUCAAAGAAGAUGCAAAGGAAACGGAUGAGUUGCCCAAGCCCACGUGGGGAGCGGAAAAAGCACCUCCCCUUGUGGGAGCCGUGCAUUGUCGCCCUCGAGAUGAAAAUGAAUCACCCCCGCCAUCGCCAACUCCAUCACCUCCUCCCCAGCCGUUGCCUCAGCCUACGGCCUCGUCAUCAACUCCUCAGCAGCCUUCAAUGACUCGACCGCCAACGCGUCAGAGUGGAGAUGGCGACCCAGCCUUGGGAACUACUGGGGCUGCACCACCAGCAUCCUCGCCAGCAGCGGCAGCAACAUCGGUUCCUCCAGUGCCUAAUGCGCCGGCUUCUGUGCCCCCUCAGCCAUAUCAACCUCAAGCCACGCCUACACCUCCUGUCUAUCAACCUCCGUUGCAAGCCCGCGCUGGCAACUAUGCACCACAGGCAGCCCACCCAGGGGCCUAUCAAGCUGCGCCUCUCCCUCCGCACCAAUAUGCUACACCCCAGCAUCCCUCUUAUCCAUCAUACGCAGCCAAUCGUCUUCAUGCUCCCCCGCCACCCGUUUACAAUCCUAAUGCACCAAGGCCCAUCGAAGUGUUCCACCUGAGUGAUACUGCCAACGCAGCAAUUCCAGAAAAUAUCCGUGAACAGUUUCACUGCGACGAGCAAGGCCGUGUUCUCUUCUUCUCUACUCCACCACUGGACCUUGUUCCACCUGGCGAAAAGCGACUCGGUCACUCCCUGAAAUAUCUCGCGGCGAAGGCGGCGAAAGAAGAGCGACGAAGGGCCAUUGAGCAGGAGAAGCGAAAGGCUGCCGAAGAUGAGGCGGAUGUUGAGCCACCGUCGAAACGUCAGCGGGCAGAUGAGCAGAGCGCUCUGGCUGCCAAAGUCGAAAACUUAACGGAGAAGGCGCUCAAUCUUCUCGUCGAUCAGAUGGCGACUGGUACGGACGAGUUUUAUAAAGCAGUCUAUGGGGACAGGGCGGAGGAGGCCAAGAUGGCUGAUCGAAAGGAGCGUGAACGGAGAGUGUUAGCCGACAAGCUCUCUGAAAAGGUGACAGCUCAAAUCACGGGGUUGUCAAAGAAGGUAUCGUCGAACAGUCUCGAUCUGAAACGCAGCGGUGUGUACCUGGAGGAUUUGAACUGA